AUGGUCAUUCUGGCGACUGCCGACUUCGAGGUAUUGGAACACGUAAAACAACUCGAAUUGUUGGUUAUCAAUGACACGAAUCGUGUCAUGGCCGUGGCCGAGUUGGAGAGAGUUACGAUUCACGACGCAUGCAAAUGGAUAGCAAUGACGGCGACUGCCGAGGUUGUGUUGAAUCCAUCGUUACUAUUUGUGUCAUUGGGAGGAAAUCAUGCGGCCAUCCCAUUCGAAGUGGUGUCCACCGACCCCGUGCCCGUCGUAAUGUGUAUCUCCCCCUUGUUCGCCGCAGAAAACUGGCAGAAUCUCCUUGUCUCUCUUCACGUCUACAAACGAUUCGGAGCCCACGCGCAUCUCUACAUUCGAAGUGUUGUCUCACCGAUGUUCGAGAUUUUGAGAGUUUACGAGGUGGAGGGAUACGUCACUCUGAAACCAUGGAAUCGAAUUAAUUUGUUGAAUCGAGACGAGCGAGAUUUCAAUCCGAAUCUUAAUGUCGAGUUUAGGAGUCAAGCGGCCGCACAAACCGAUUGUUUGUUACGCUACAAGGAAUCGGCAGAAUUCGUGGCAUUCGUCGACUUGGACGACUUGAUAAUCCCCCGAAUGGCCAAUAACUAUGUGAAUGAGUUCCGAUUUCUGGCCGCCGAGAAUCCGACGGUCGCCUAUUUCACGUAUUCGAAGGAGAAUACGAGGACGAGGGCGUACAAGCGUGCCAACGUGUUCUCAAUAGAGCACGUUUUGCGAAGCAUCCAAUUCGAACAGGCGACGGAGACUGGAAAAAUGAUAGCGAUCCCGUCGAAAGUAAACAAUACGUGGAUUCAUUGGACACAUAAGAGUCUCAAAAAGUUGGAGGUUGAGGCAUCGUUCAAUUCGAUCACUCAUCUGAAACACAUUGAUAUGCUCGACGGUAUGGGUGUAGAUCACGAACGUGUGCCGCAAUACAACCCAACAACUGGCGCGGACGCAGAAAAACCAUUGAUUUCGAAUAAGAAUAUUAAGAUGAUCGAGAAGGAUUUCAACAGAAUGAGCUGGAAAUCAUCGAUUCGACGUCAUCUAAGAAGUCUUCCUAUCAAUAUGACAUACUCGAAAAUGAUAAGUGAUUGUUAUAAGGAAUCGUACUACACAUUCCAUUCGGCAAACGAGAAUCACGGAAUGCUGUGUCCCGGACCCGAGAGAUGUGAUAUCUCCGCCCACAAGACUCGCUGCUGGAACAGUGUCGGCGAGUACCACUCAACGCGAGACGGAAAACUAAUCAAUAUUCAUUUCGCCGAGAAUUCAGAUUUCGCAUUAAACGACGACGGGUGUCAAGUGUAG